GAGGACUUCCGCUAUGCGGAGUGUGCAACCCGAAAAUGAAGUUCCGAAAUUUUCUCUUGUGAGGUAAUCGGUACCCUGUGACGCACAUUUCAUCACCAUGGACGCUACAGGCAUGGACCAUCAAUCUGAGAACGGAGACACGGACAAUGCUGAAGAGGGGACUUUGUUACUGCAGCUACGCAAAGAGAAAGAAACGAUGGAGACAGAGUUUGGGCUUAAGAGGGCAAAGUUCAAGGAACUCUUCAUGCAGAAAGAAGAGGAGCUCCAGGCAGAGCGGCAGCAACGCGAGGCCCUCGGGGAGAAGCUGCAUGCGCUUCAGAGGGACCUGGAUGAAGCACGAUCGCUCCUGCUUGUGGCUCAGUGCGAGCAGGAGAAUGAGCUUGAGGCUGAGCGGCGUCGGCACCGGGAGGAGAUGGCCUCGCUACAGCACAUCCUCAAGGAGAACACCGAAGAGGCCCUGCGCAGCUCUGGGCGCUACGAGAAGGAGCUGGCGCGCUGCAAGAAGCACUCCGAACGGCUCGAGCAGGAACUUCACGAGCUCCGUGCACAGCAGGCACAGGACAGGGAAGGCGUGCUGGCGGUGGUGACCAAGUCCCUAAAGCAGAAAGUGGGCAAUCUCAGUCCUAACCCCUUUUCCUCUUCCAGCGACAACUCCGUCGAGAACCUCGAGGAGAGCAUGCGUAAGGCACAAGAAGAUGCGGAGAUGCUCCGGUCUCUGGUGGUGCCCCUGGAAGAGGAGAUUAAGGCCCUCAAGGACAAGCUUCGGUCGACAGACGAGCAGCUGCACGUGUACGAGGCGGCCUUCACGGGCCUCGUCCACGGCCUCGGCUCGGGCACGCUCAGCGAUGCAGUGCGGGGUGGCACGCCUGCCGAAAUCCUCUCCCAUCUUGAUGAUAAGUUGACGAGCUUGUGCAAAGGACUGCAGGCGGAGAAGGCAUCGCGCAGUGAUCUGGAGAUGUACGUGGCCGUCCUCAACACCCAGAAGACGGUCAUGCAGGAAGACAUGGACCAGCUGCGCAAGCAGUUUCAGGAAGUGUGCACCCUGCUGGAACGGGAAAAGCGGGAGCACAGCUGCCUGAAGCGCACGUGGCAGAUGGCCAAUGACCGGUUCCUGGAGGCCCAGCAGGCUCACGUGCGGGACCUUGCACGCCUUCAAGCGGUGCUAACGGCCGACCAGCAACGCCACCUGGCACACCUGCGCAAAGUCGACGUUCCGCCGACAAGUCCGCGGAAGAAAGAAGGAGAGAACGUUGUGUCAUUCGCCGCUACUACCACAGGCACAAACUCUGAGCUAGUCCCCUGCCCACUGCAAGAACCCGAGAUGCAGGAGGCCCUGCAUUCUGUCUCUCCCCUGCCCACAAGCAGCCCCAAGGCUGGCCACCGGUUCGUGGCCGUGGAGCCCCGAUUAUUCUCCAAAGCCAGCUCCCUCCUAGGAAGGAAGUCAAACGACCAGCGUAUGCGAAGCUCUCCAGCGGACCUGAAUGCCUGCAAGGUGUCCACUACUCUCUUGGCUGCGAAGCAUAAUCACCGGCGAUCCCUGUCGAGCUCCGACCUGCCCUCUGACGCCGACAACUCUCUAUCCGUUCCCGCCAUGAAAGGAACGGAGGACACUCGGUCCCUGGGUGACUACAGCGGGGCCGCCAUCACCACCGGUGGCAUUGGCUUGACAGGAGACCAGCUUAGCGCACUCUCCGAUGCGACACCCGAAAUGGAAGCCCGCAAAUCCUUGAUGGAAGUGGCUCGCACGGACUACGACGACGGACUUGGUGUCGGCAAGCGAGUUGUCAGCGAUAAGGAAUGGAGGCUACUUGAGGAAGAGCUGAAGCGGCUGCGAGAGCGCCUGUGCCAGCCGUGUGAAAUGUGCAGCAACUAUGAGCUGCAGUUGCAGCAGGUGCAGCGGGACUUGGACCGGCACAUCAAGGAACUCGCCACGGCAAGGCAGGACCUGAGCCGGGAGCGCGACUACCGGCAGCAGCUGGAGCAGCGCUUCGCAGACUCGGCCACUGAUGUCCAGCAGCAGGUGUCCGAGCUGCAGUCCCGCCUGGGAGCCUCCGAAGCAGCCCUCGCAGAAACCCAGCAGGCGCAUGCCGAAUGCUCGCAACAGGCGAACGAGGAGCUGUCGCGGCUGCACGCGCAGCUGGUGAGGCUGCGAGACGAGGCCGAGAGGUUGAGUCGAGAGAACCAGCAGCUACUGGGACGGUACGUGGCCAAGGCAAGGCAGCUGCAGGAUCAGCCCAUCAAUCUGCCCGACUCUCUAGAGGAGCUUCGCUUUCAGUGCCUGCAGCUGCAGGAGGACCUCAUCAAGGUGCAGCUAGACAAGGAGACUCUAGAAGAGAACCUCCGGGGUCAGAUCCUGUUCCUGCGAGACCAGGCCAGCGCCGACAUGAACUGCAAGCAGGAGAUCGAGCGUACCCUCACUCACGAGGCCAACGAGCUGCGCCGGCAGCUAGACCAGCUGACGGGCAUCCGUGAACAGCUAGAGAAGGAGCGGCAGCUUCGAGAGCAAAAGGAGAAGUCACUACAGGCAUGCGAAGCGCGGUUGGCCCAGUUGACAAGCCAACUGGACGAGCGGGUCAUAUCCUUGCAGAGGGGCCAUGACCAGCUCACAACUACAAAGGAGAAACUGGAGGAAGAGGUUACGUGUCUGAGAGGACGAGUGCAGACCUUGCAGACGGAGCUUGACAACAGCGAGGCAGUCCAGCGGGACUUUGUCAAGCUGUCACAGUCACUCCAGGUGGAGCUGGAGAAGAUCCGGCAGUCUGACAGUGAAGUCCGAUGGCAGCACGAGGAUGACGUGAAUGAAUGCAAUAGCUGCAAGAAGGCCCUGCACUCUCGCAAAGAAAAGCCGCACUGCAACCACUGUGGAAAGAUCUUCUGCACCGAGUGUCUAAGCCGGGCGGUGCGGUCGGGUCCCAAGCUGCGCCCCUUUGCGGUGUGCAAUGUCUGCCACACCCUCCUCGACCGAGACACUGCACCCUACUUUAGUAGCGAGCCUCCUCAAACUCCCAGCUAGGCAUUUUAUUAUUGCUUUUUUUUAGCCUCUCUCUUAUCUCAUCGCACCAUAGCCACCCGGAGAGUCGGCGGUAAAGUGGCAAGCAGCUUGUUGCGUUGUUGCCGUUUUUCUCCUUUCGGGAGAGGAAAAACUGGUCAGCUGUUGCAUCGCCUCCGUGCAUCCAACAGGACGUUGGAAUGCGCUUUUUUCGUUUCAAUGCCGUAGCACCCUGUAUGUGAUGUGGACGAGCGUGUGUUGUGUCGGAUUGAGUUUACUGCAUUUCUCAGUCCACAUGAGUUCUUCCAUCGUCGUCGUUGAGCUCUGCGACAUACUUAGGGUGCUAUGUAAUCUACCGCUGCGAGUGUUCCGACUUUUGUAGCACUUGCGCAUGAGAAUGCCUGGGCGAGCGGUAUGGAAAACAUGCCGGUGAACUGCCUCGUGUGCUUAAUUUGCAAAAAAAAAGGAAAAAAGGCCUUUCAGAAGCUGUACAUCCUUAGCACCGACCUUUUUCUUUAACUUCAUCUCACUUUUUAUGACCUCAUGCACGGUGGUGUUGCUAGUUAAAGGCUGCCACUUCGCGUGACUAACCCUUUGCACUCUCCUACGUUCUAACUAAUACAGGCAAGGGCCUCUUGAGGAGCCCCAGGCGCUAGAGUUUUCUUUCCAUUGAGAAGGGAUCUGUCUUACCUGUGACAAUAGCAUCUGUUUGCAGUAACAUAUGGCUGUUGGUAAACCUAGACAAAGGUGCCCCUGUAUUGGGGCGAGCAUUCCAGCAACCUGCUAAAAGUUUUAUUCUUUUCCUCUCCCGUGUUUAAAAAGAAAAAAAAAAGGAUACCUGACCUAUGCAGUUGGCACGUGUUUGACUUGGAAUGUUCCUUUGUAUGUAACCCGUUGCUUUGUGUGUGACCUUGCUCCGACGCGUUGAUUUUGGCAACACCUCGGCUAACACUACGCCGGUGUGCAUUUUUUGGGAGACAUCGGCAAAUUGUGAACGAACUUGUGCAAACGACUAAGGGUGCAUGGCGUUCUUAUGAUGAGCAAGCGCAUGUUUUCUAGGAGCGUCGCGGUUCUCGUUUCAACGAGAAAGUGCUCGAUAGCGGCAGAGGUUUUUUCAUGCGGAUGGUAGUUCGAAGUUCAGAUGUACAGAAUCACUGUUGGCGAACUGUUUUAGGUCGGCCGCAGCUUGAGAGAGUCUUCUGAGGGUUUAUUACGCCCACACAUUUUUUGGGCAUGUGUUACUAAUCUACCGUUAGAACGAACACAUUUACCAGCCUCAUGGCAGAACACUAUUUGUUGAAGUGCAUUUCCGAGCUGUUAUUUAUUCUCUAGUAUAGAAAAUGGUUACUUCUAGUUGAGCUCACUAUUUAUGUUUUGCAGAGUUCUGGUCCAUUACCUGGUGUACGAUUUAAGUUCCCGGUAUUCGCCUGUGUCAGAAACUGGCUCGGAUAUUGCGUUACCUGCUGCCCUGCUCGCUGUUUGGGAUGGUUGGCAUUUUCGAAGAACUUCUACGCAGAAUGCGAGUUUUUUUUAUUUUGCUAACAGAGGAUUGUGUGGAAGUGUGUGUGUGUGACGGUUGAAUCGGCAGCUCCAAAGAUAUCACGUUUUUGUCCUAUUAAGAAGGUGGUGACGCGAGUGGAACUGGUCAGAAAAAAGUUUUCUCUCAUUUAUAGGUGUAUUCAGAUAUGUAAAUACACGUUACAUGCAUGGUGUGUUAAUAUCGGUGUGGCAGGUGUAAAUGCCGAGUUUCGUGGAACCCAUGCCUGCUCUGCCAUUCCUUUGCGUUUUGCGAGCAUCUCCGUAGACGAGCCUGCAUAAGCAGAUAUGUUUUUUGGCGCACAGCUAGUGAAGCAAAGAGCGUUUUCUUUAGCAGGCAUCUCCUUUUUGAAAAGUAUUCAUGACAAUGGCCACACAUGGCUGUAGACAACCCUGGGCCGUGCUGUGCAGAGAUCAGCAUUCUUUUAACAUCAAUGCUCUUUGUGUGCUAUCGAGUUUUUCACUUCCGGUACUGGUUGUAGAGGAUGAAACGUGCAGAAUUUAAGCAAAAGAGGCCUGCAUGCCUUCUAUUUCUUGCAUGCUCUUGUAUGACUUCCAUACGAAGCGUAACGCUUCAGACUUGCCAUUUUAACAAGUGUUUAAAUUUCACUUGAGUACAUGCUAUAUGCACUGACCACAUUUUUAGAACUUUUAUUCAAUCAUCGCAUCGUCAGACGACUACCGUGCCUUUUUUUAGUUUAUGAUUUGCUUGUAUGCCUGAAGAAAAUUCUUAGCUAGAAACUGUGGUGGCAUUCUAGUCGACGCAAAAGUGGCGGUCAAAACAAGAAGAGUAGGCAAUAGGUUUUUGUUGCUUUUGCAUGUGAAAAUUGAUAUCAUAGUGGUGUUUGAAGCUAUGCAGGAAUGCUGGGUCAAAAUCUUGACUUCCUGUCUUACGAUACACUUUUACACUUUGCAGCUCUUGCCUAGCCUGGCUUGUUGAAACAUUUCAUUGGUUGGCCUUACUGUUCUCGCUGCCCUGGUGGUACAAAUUUAAAUUGCAACUGUGUCCCAGCAUUGUCAGUGCAUUGUGUGGUUAGUGCAUUUUCAGAGCUGGGCUUGCACCUUGGUGAUUCUACAGUCAUUUCAUUGAAAGCCCACAUGCAUCAUGCUAACUAAUUAUCAAUGAGGUAAUUAUUCUUUUAAUUUUGUGGUUUUCUACUGCAGUUCCAUUAGUGUUUUGUCCUUCAGAAAGCAGAGAGAAUUAUAAGAGUGCUGAGUGACCUACAGGAUACAAGGCAACUAAGCACUUGCUAAUCCUUUGGAGGCUUGUGUGCACAGCUAUAAACACAACUUCUCUCUUUCAGCUAUAAGUUCAUGCCAGGCUUUCAUUAUUCUUGGUGCGCCUUUAAAAAAAAAUCUAUAGCAUCUCAAUCUUUUUUUAAAAAUUUUUUCCCCGUGUAUCUGUGCGUUUCUCCUUCUUAUCCACUUAUCCAAUUCAAUACACCUAUAAAUAGUAUGGCUGCCAUUGUGCAUAUAGCAAAUGAUUUUAUCUUUUUUUGGGUUAGGAUGUGGUGGCAUGCUGACAAGUACUUCUGCUUAGUUUUUUUUCUUUACCCAUUGAAUUGUGUUAAAGGAACUUUGUGUGUUGGAAGGUUCAUGUACGCUGUCAAGAUAAGUUGUAAACAGGAACGUAUUGAAGUCAGUAGGAAUGCAUCUGUGGGUCAUGUUUUUUUAAUGUGUGUGAAGUGGGCAUGAUGUGGAAGCCGGUAUGAGUUUUAAGACUGGAUCAUGUUCAUAGACUAUGUAAGGAACUGUUUGUUGCAUUUGAAUAGAAGGUGGGCCAAUUGGCUUUGUGGCAUCAUGCACAUUGCUUGCAUAUAGAUUUAACUGCAAACAACUGGCUUUCGCAUAGGUGGGUAUGUAAACGGUAACGGAGUGACUGGAAGGCCCGCUAUUUGCAAUUACAAGGCAGUCUUACAGUUUCACAUACAUCUAUUGUGUGGCUUGUUUCUGAACAUUACUAUGUAGCCCACAGCAUACACUUUGUGCAAGGCUGAAUCUCAUCAGUGUUACAAACGUUGAACAAAUAUAGGAACGUAACAAAGCAUGCAAUUCGCUUGUGCAUUGUUUCAGUUGGCGCCAUUAGUACACUCUUUGCGCCUUUUGCUACACUGUUUCUAUAGCGCAAUUUCACAUUAGUGUAGAAAGUCGUGGAAUAGAAAAGGCUUGUCGAUAGUUUUAAACAACUUGUUUAAUAACAGCUUACUGCACGUGAAGUCACUUGCAUAGAUCAACCGGCCCACAGGUGAAAGUUCUUAGUACGAGCGAUGCUUGUUCAGGUUUUAUUCAGUCUAUGUUGGUCGAGCAUAUGUUGUUCAUAAAACAGAAUAUGCACCGAUGGUUUCCCCUCUUUUUUUAUUUUUUAAUCGUGCUUUUCUUGAAAUCUGGGCAUUGUUAUUUUGUGAGUGCAUGCUGCAAACCAUUGUUCUUUAGUACUAUCAUGUUUUUCUGUGCAAAGUGUGUUCGUAGCCUGAUGGCGUCGUUGCACAAAACAUUUUAGCAGGAGCCUGUGUGCUGAGGUAAUGCUGUAACAUUGUAGUCUAGUUUACAAACAGCAUACAAAGCAACAUUUAUCUUUAGGUCAAUGUUUCUAAAUUUGUUUAAGUUUAAAAAACAUUACAGCAAAGCUAUUGGAAUGAAAGGAGGUGCUAAAUAAAAAUGUGGUCUCCAAAUAUUUUAACCAAGUAAUUUUAGAUUUUUUUUUCUUAAGGAGCAUAACCUUGUUUAACUUCACCAUUAAAACUAUUGAUAUUGCAUUGACACUGUGGAUUUGUUGCAAGCGUAGUUGCUGUCAUAGUCAAGUAGCCUUCAACCAGCUACAAAGCUUUGGCAACUGUUUAUAGUUGCAUUACUCGACAAUUUUUGUGCUUAUUAAGUGCACACUUGUAUCAUACAUUUCCGCAUUAUUGAUUUGUGAUAGUGCACUUCUUACAAAGCUUCAAAAUACACGCAUGAGCAAGAUGUGAAGCCGCUGCGCUGUGUUUUAGCGUGGAAUCAAGUUUUCUUGUAUUGUGCAAAUUUUAGCACUUGGGUGUUUUACUCUGUGUUUGUUCCUUUUAUCGUACAGAGCGCACAGUGUUUCUGUUCUUAUUUGCAUGCAUAACGUUUAAACAAGAGGUUUGAUUUAGCAAACUGUAAUCAGGACUCAACUCUAUAUAAAGACCGUGCUGUUUUUUUUUUGUUUAUGAGAGUGGCGGAGAACUGUGACAUUUUUCUGCAUGGGGAAUGGGAUAACACACUGGGCAAUGAAAGAUGUGAAUGUGGUGCAAUGUUUAUGGAAACGGCUGAUAGAAUGAGUCUUCGAUGUGUGCACUUUUGUGACUGGGUACAAGCGUGGGUCAACAAUCGAAUCUUGUCUUGGUGUUACUUCCGAAAUGUGCAUUUAUGAAGGCCAUCCAUUACAGCUGUUGCUCUUGCCCUUUUUAAAUGAUGGGAUGACUACCGAAGACUGUAUCCCAGGGAUUUCUGUCUCUUGCUGGCCUUGUUCACAACUCUUUUAAAUGUUCCAAUCUGAAGUGCUAUCUAUGCUAAGGCAGGAUGCUGGGUCAAUAUUUCUAGAUCACUUUUUAGAUUGCCCUUGUGCAUCCGUCGGGUAAACUCACUCAAAUGUGCUACCAAGUGGGGGCUAGUGGGAAAAAGUCUGACACGUAACAUGGCCUGCGAGACGGUGUGUGCCCAUUCCAGAUCUCGGAGGCUAAAGGCAGGAUGUUGGUUAUUCGAAAGAGAACAUUAAAAAAGAAAGAACACAGACUUCUAAAAAAGCUGUUCAAGAAGAGCACUGUCCGUGUGCCCGAGUUUCAGACUGAGCGAGUUGUUGGUGUAAUGUUGAACUGGUUGGUACCAAUCUCUAAGGCCAUGCCGCUCGUGACAGACUGCAUACAAUGCCUGCCGCAUGGAAUUUCUGCAUUGUUUGUUAACAGAUUGUGGCAUGCGUGAUAAAAUUUGCCUUGUGGUCAAGGAAGACUGCGGAUGAGCUCUUCUAAUGUUAAGGCAGGCUCAGAAAAACCUACUGAGUAAUCUAGUAACUUUCAAACUGGAUUAUGUGAACAUGUAAUGCCGCAUUGACUGAAUUGUGCAAAGCAGUGAAUUGUACAUAUACUACUGUGUAGAAUUGUUGUUUCGGGGAGCUCUUAUACAAUGUUGGUGCGUACGCAUUUCCUGCUCUGUCGUUUUCAAUUUAUUGCUCAUUUGCUUAAUUAAGCAUAUGCUAUAUUUUAAUUGCUCAAUGGUUAUAUGCCAGGUUGAAUGUCAAAUACACUGGUCUUUCACUAAUUUCAGUUUUUAAGUUUUUUAGCGAGAAAACUACAGAUGUGACAUCUCGUCACAAGUGGCUGAUUCUGCACUAUGCUGCUGCACGCUUGUAUGCAGUUAGGUUAUGUCAAUAUUUUUGUUUGUAAAUAGAGAACUUCAGAAGCCAUGUGACGAGAUAUUUCUAGUUUUUUUUUUUUUGUUUUACUGAAGCGUAGCCAAUGGAGGUGAACUCUAGUUUUGAAAUUGCAAUUGUGUUGAGAGGUGGGGGGACAGUUCUGAACCACUGAUGAUUUGCAGACGAGAAGUGCUAUACAAUUUAAAACAUUUUAACCAUGCACGUCUGACUUGUGUGGGAUUUUGCGAAAUUCUGUUAGCCAUGUGCGUUGUAGCAAAGAUGUAUGACCAGGGCAUGUUUUCUAUUUUCAUUUGUGGUUUAUCCUGACUGUAAAUAUGUACAGAAUGAAAAUCAAGAAAAAAAAGUUUGUUGUCUGUGCAUUA